AUGGAAGCACAAGUUGAGCAGGAGUUAUCUCAUAUGCUAGUAACAGAAUUGCUAUCAUACCAGUUCGCAAAGCCAGUUAGAUGGACUGAAACCCAAGACGUUCUUCUUGCAGAUAAGGAAAUCAGCCGUAUGGUGGAAAUUGGCCCCUCCGACACUCUGGUAGCCAUGGCCAAGAAGACAAUCUCUUCAAAAUACCGUGAGCACGAUGCUGCCCUGCCGAAGCAACGCGUGCUGCAAUCCUAUGAGGCAGACGCCAGUGAGAUACACUAUGAAGCCAUUGAAACUCUUACGCAACAGUCCGAGCUUCCAACGGCGGUAGAAGUUGUGAAGAAGCUUGAACCCAAAGUGUCUACCGUCAGCAACUCGUUGCCAAAAUAUGGAGAGCCGGUGCCAGUCACAGCGGCUACUAAGGUAGAUGACGAGGUCAUCACAGCCAGAGACGUGGUCGUAGGACUGGUUGCGCAGAAGCUCCGGAAGGGAUUCGGCACUAUUGAUUGCUCGAAAUCGAUUAAGAAUCUUGUUGGUGGCCGAUCAACGUUGGAGAAUGAGAUUAUCGGUGAUUUGUCUUCCAUCUUCAGCUCACUGCCAGACAGAGCAGAGGAGAUGGAUAUUUUGGAGCUAUCACGUACUCUGUCCACGGGAGCCUCAAUGGCUAAACUCACGGCUGCUUGCGCAGAGCUCACUGCCCGCCUCUUUUCGCAAAAGAUGCCUGGCGGGUUCACAGUAGCAGACGCGCGAUGGCAUCUAGAGGAGCGUUGGGGGUUGGGACUUGGACGACAAGAUGCCGUGUUGUUGAGAACUGCAACAGAGGUCUUGCCCUCGCGCCUGAAAAGUAACAAGGAGGCAACGAUAUUUCUGGAUACCAUAACGAAGGCCUACGGCACCGAGGCUGGUUUGAUUCUGCAGCCGAUGCCUGGCGUACCAGCACCAGUGGCUGCGCCAAGUCUGAAUGCGAAACUUGUAAAUGAGCAACAUGGCGCUGGACCUUGUCCUGUCCCCACUGUCUAUCCUGUUUACCUCGACAAUAUCGCCUCAUCGCAUAGAGGCGCAAUCUCGGAAGCUCAAAAAUCAUUCAACGAUGUCAGAGUAGAGAAGGAUGCGUUACAGUAUCAAGUAGAUGUUCUCACUGCAGAACUAGGGAAUGAGUUCAUUGAUGGAAUCACGCCAGUAUGGUCUCCACGCAAGAUUCGUAAAUAUGAAUCGUGCUGGAACUGGGCUCUUCAAGACUUAUUACUAUUGGUUCAUGGUAUCCUAUGCGGUGAGAAGCACUUGGACGAUCAAACGACGCGCGAUACCUGCGACAUGAUUGUUCGUCGUUCUAACCAGCGCUUACUCGAUGUGAUGCGCUAUCUGAAAAGCAGCGAGGCAUUGCGUGCAGAUGAGCUGCUCGUGUCAAUGGUCAAGGAAGUACUUUCCAUGCUGAUUGAGGAUGGCCAGGAUUGGAUAUCUCACUUUCAGACAUCGCGCUUCUUCGGCAAAGGCUCGCAAUCCCUGGCGACUCCGAUGUCGAUGCUUGGGCAGACGAUCCCAGACCCGAAUCAAUGCGGAAUAAACAACAACGUCGGUAUGGAAGUGAAAGUCAAAACACAAUCGAGACACAUCUGGAAGCAGAAUGAUUCCAUAACUGAACUGUAUCAGUCAAGCCUCGUCAGCGUACGCCAACACGGGCUGUUGCUCAAAGGAAAGACAGUCCUCCUAACCGGCGCCGGCCCCUCGUCCAUAGGUCGCGGCCUGCUUCACCAAUUGCUCCUUGCGGGUGCUCGUGUACUCGUGACAACAAGUCAUUUCUCGCCGGCGACAUGCCGUGAACUUCAGGCUCUGUACAUGCAAUGGGGAUCGUCUGGUUCACAGCUAGUCAUUGUCCCGUUCAACCAGGGCAGCAAAGGGGACUGUGAAGCUCUCGUCAAGUAUGUAUUCGAUGCACAAGGCGGACUAGGAUGGGAUCUUGAUUACGUUAUCCCAUUUGCCGCCGUAUCUGAAGAAGGUCAAGUUGAUGAGCUGGGAUCCAAAUCCGAGUUUGCCCACCGCAUCAUGCUUACAAACGUGUUGCGGCUUCUGGGAGCCAUCAAGCAACACAAACAAGACGGCCCAUCGAACACGAGUCCCGUCAAAGUAUUACUUCCGCUGAGCCCGAACCACGGUGUCUUCGGCAAUGACGGACUAUACGCAGAGUCUAAGGUUGGACUGGAGAUGCUUCUCAAUAAAUGGUAUUCAGAGGAAUGGUCACCAUACCUUGCCAUUUGCGGUGCCGUGAUAGGAUGGGUGCGUGGCACGGGUCUUAUGGCUGGAAAUGAUGUCGUGGCCGCUGACGUUGGAGCGAUGACUGGGAUGCAGACCUUCUCUCAAGCAGAGAUUGCCCAAUAUCUCGCAGCACUCUUAGCUGAACCGUUUGCUUUUCAAGUUGAGAUGCAGCCAGUUUACAUUGAUCUUUCGGGUGGCAUGAAUGAUACGGCAGGCUUACAUUCAGUACUGUCUGAUAUCCGCCAUAAAUUGCGGCAGGACUCUCUUAUUCCUCCUGCUCAGCAACGGCGACAAGACUACCACCAUGGCAACCAAUCCGGUGUGCAAAAAGAUCCUUCUUCCGUCUCGCCAUUAGCAAAUUUGAAGCUUGGAUUUCCUAAGCUACCCGACUACCAUGAAGAGAUCAGCCCCCUCCAUACGCUCCGCGGUAUGGUAGACCCUGAUCGUGUUGUAGUCAUUACUGGUAUGUCCGAGGUUGGCCCCUGGGGCAACGCCCGCACCAGAUGGGAGAUGGAAGCCUGCGGAGAGUUCUCGCUGGAAGGAUGCAUCGAGAUGGCAUGGAUUAUGGGGUUUAUCACACAUCAUAACGGCAGACUCAAUGACGGCGCAGGCGGCGAGCACUACAUAGGUUGGGUGGAUGCUAAAAGUAAAGCACCAGUUGCUGACGCUGAGGUCAAAGCUCUAUAUGAGAGGCGAAUCCUCGAGCAUUCCGGGAUACGCCUAAUUGAGCCAGAGUUGGAUGAAGGUUAUGAUCCGAGCAGAAAACAGCUCUUGCACGAGAUUGUCUUGACCAGUGAUCUGGCUCCGUUUGCAGCGCAGCCAGAACUCGCCAAGCAAUUCAUGAAUGAGCACGGCGACAAGGUUGACGUCUUGCCCGGAGCCAGUGUCGGUGCGGAUUGGACUGUCAGACUGCGCCGUGGGGCUACGAUCCUCGUUCCAAAGGCACUUCGAUUUGACCGAGUCACAGCGGGACAGAUUCCCCAGGGUUGGGAUGCACGCAGAUAUGGUGUACCGGACUGGGCUGUUGAGCAGAUCGGAAGAGAGACCAUUUUUGCAUUGGUGUCCACAGCGGAGGCGCUUAUCUCGUCUGGUAUCGUAGAUCCAUACGAGCUGUAUCAGUACAUGCACGUUUCUGAAGUGGGCAACUGUGUUGGAUCUGCCCUAGGCGGCCAGCAGGCACUCAAGAAGAUCUUUCGGCACAGGUACCAUGGAAAACAAGUCCAGAGCGACAUCUUGCAGGAAGUCUUCAUCAACACCGCGGCUGCAUGGAUCAACAUGCUACUCCUAUCGAGUUCCGGUCCCAUCAGGACUCCAGUCGGGGCAUGCGCGACUGCGGUAGAAUCGCUGGAACUAGGCUAUGAGCUCAUCACUAGCGGCAGGGCGAAAGUUGUUGUCGUAGGUGGUCAUGAUGACAUGACGGACGAGGUGGCAUAUGAGUUCGCCAAAAUGCGCGCUACUGCGAAUACGGAUGAAGAAUUUGGACGAGGGCGUAUGCCCAGCGAGAUGUCUCGCCCUAUGACAUCAACACGAAACGGCUUUGUUGAAGCCCAGGGCAGCGGCGUUCAGAUUCUCGCUAAUGCUAGGACUGCUCUCGACAUGGGUCUCCCUAUACAUGGGAUCGUCUCUUGGGUGGGCACAGCAAGCGACAAAACGAACCGAAGUGUGCCCUCCCCUGGCAAAGGCAUUCUGACCAAUGCACGCGAGACUAGUCAAGGUAUAUCCAAGAACCCAUUGUUGGACCUGAGGUUCCGCCGAGAUCAGAUAUUAGAACAACAACGCCAAAUCCAAGCAGAUCUACAGCAUAACUUAAAGUCUCUGGAGCAACAACCUACGCCACCAGAUGAUGCAGCAAAUGGUCAAUUCGAGCGAAAGAAGCUCUACUUUUACCAUAAAGCCCUUAGGCAUAGUAAACAAAUACUCAGAGAUCUAGGUCACGAGUUUUGGGUUUCUGAACCAGAUAUCUCACCGAUCCGGGGUGCGCUAUCAGCUUGGGGCCUCACUAUUGACGAUCUGGACUUUGUUUCGCUACACGGCACGUCCACCACUCUGAACGACAAGAACGAGACCAGUGUGAUUCAGAAGCAGCUAUCUCACCUUGGUCGUUCUAUAGGAAACCCGGUCUACAGCAUCACUCAGAAGUUUCUCACUGGCCAUUCAAAGGGCGCGGCUGGCGCGUGGAUGCUCAAUGGAGCGUUACAGGCUCUGGAUACCGGAUUGAUUCCUGGCAAUCGUAACGCAGAUGACAUAGCCCCAGAGCUCGAGACUAACGAUUUUCUUUUCUUCCCUCAUCAUAGCAUCCAGACCAACGGCCUCCGAGCUUGCUCCAUUACAUCUUUCGGAUUCGGGCAGAAAGGCGCGCAGGCAAUCAUCGUCCACCCGCGAUACCUGUAUGCCACACUUGCAGAUGUCGAGGAAUUCCAUGACUAUAAGAGAAAGUUACUCAUCAGGCAAAGACGAGCUACUAGAUUCUUUCAGAAGGGACUGGCUACUCAGUCGUUAUUUGUGGCUAAGGAAAAGCCUCCGUAUACCGAGGAGCAGGAAUCUCAUGUCUUACUCAACCCAGACGCGAGGAUGGAAGGACAGUGUUACAAUGUAUGA